AUUCUACCAUCCCCUGCCAUCUCAGAAGAAGACCAAUUAAGCUUCCAAACAUCAUCUCUCUGAUAUAUUAUUCAUCUCUCUGAUAUAUUAUUAGUUCAUCAGUAUGGUUCCAUCAGAAUUUGCAGCAAUCCAGUACCUGGCUACAGAGUCCCAGUUUCAACCCAACUUUCCCAUGAUUCAAAGCAUCAACACCAUCCCAUCUUUCAACUUCCAAAAUAACAGUUUUCCAAACUAUCAGCUCUCCCCUCCUCUACUCCAUGACCAGUUCACUCCACAGUCGACUUCCCUCAGCAACUAUUCAACCUCAGAUGAAGCAGAAGAGCAGCAGCUGAGCGCCAUAGACGAGAGGCGUCAGAGAAGGAUGAUAUCGAACCGGGAGUCGGCUCGACGAUCGCGCAUGCGAAAACAGAUGCACCUUGACGAGCUAAGGUCACAGGUGUCGAGGCUUAGAACUGAGAAUCACAGCCUCAUGGACAGGCUCAACCAGGUGUGUGAGUGCCAUGACAAGGUUGUGCAAGAGAAUGCCAGGCUCAAGGAGGAGACUUCGGAUCUUCGGCAAAUGCUCAGUGAUCUCCAGAUCCCAGUUUCUCACCCAGCUGUGACUCGAGACCUGGAGGAGCUGACCUGCAACACAGCUCAUCUCAGAGCUGAAUAUUCAAUCCAGUCCCUGGCCACCAUGGCCGCAAAUCUGCUUCACUAGACAAUAAAUUGAACCACUUUUGUUUAGUUAACUUUUAGUGCCUUUGUUAGGGAAGAGUUCUUUUAGACCUUCUCCUUCAUGUGGUGUAUGAUGAGUGAGCGGUACAAGAAGAAAUGGUGCAAUAACAUGCUUUUAACCAUGUCAUUGUCACAGAAUUACAUGGUGGUUGGUUAAUUAAUUUUCAUGCCUUCUCACUGAAAAUUAGUAUGUGAAAA